AUGACAAGUCCUUCGGAGUCAAAGGCCCCAUUCUCGGCCUACGAUAGUCCUACUUUUGGAGAAGACAGUUCUUUUCAUAUUGACCAGCCAAUUGGGUCUAUGUCCAUUUCCCCCUGUGGGAGGGACGUAGUUCUUGCCUCGAAAGAAGGUCUCCAUGUCAUCGACCUGGACAGCCCUUACUCCCCCCCGCGCUAUCUCCCUCAUAGAACUCCAUGGGAGGUUGCUGAUGUCCAAUGGUCGCCUUUCGCUGCUCGGGAUUGGUGGGUUGUGAGCACAUCGAACCAAAAAGCGUUGGUGUGGAAUCUUGCUAUGAGAUCAUGGGAAAACCCAAUCGAACACGUUCUACAUGCCCACUCAAGAGCAAUCACGGAUAUUAACUUCUCUGCGCAUCAUCCGGAUAUCCUUUCAACUUGUGCCGUUGACAGUUUCGUGCAUUGCUGGGACUUACGUAUACCGGCUAAACCCGUUGUAUCGUUUUCGGACUGGUUCGCUGGUGCCACGCAGGUAAAAUGGAAUAGACAGGACUCCCACGUCAUUGCUAGCUCUCAUGAUCGUUUCUUACAUAUCUGGGACGAUAGGAAAGGGGUCGUUCCCAUACGAACGAUAGAGGCUCAUAAUACAAAAAUCUAUGGACUGGACUGGAACCGCAUGCGCCCAGAGGGUAUAGUGACCUGCUCGUUGGAUAAAACAAUAAAAUUUUGGGAUUACUCGGUGGAUAGUGACAUCCCUGAGAAAGUCAUUCAUACCUCUUUUCCAGUAUGGCGAGCUAGGCACACUCCGUUUGGAUGGGGCGUCCUUGCCAUGCCACAACGGGGAAAUAAUGAUUUGCAUCUCUACAGCCGUACCUUCAAAGAUGCAAAUAACGACAAUGAUGAACCUCCGUUAGUCCACAGCUUUCCAGGGCAUAAAGCGCAAGUCAAGGAAUUUCUUUGGAGACCUCGCGGCAGCGUCAUAGAUGGUUUGGAUCACCGGGAAUUUCAACUCGUAUCCUGGGGAGCCGAUAAGGAGCUGCGGUUACACCGAGUCAAACCGGAAAUACUCAAAGGUGUUGGGUACGAGAAAGGGAAAUCAUUUAACCCAUCGCUGAACCUUACCCGCAAAGGAGCAAUUUACAAAACCUUUCAUGAAGAGCCAGGAGGUGUAGAACCGUUGGAGCAAUUAGAUGGUUCUCAUCCCAAUCACAAAUCAGGAUCAUAUCGCCAAGCGGCCUCUGGGAUUGGUGGUAUCUCUAUGCCGUAUUCUCGCAGAUGGACACAGGGUGGCCCUAGGGUGCUCUAUGGUAUACACGGGAAAUCGCCUCUCCGUGCCGACAUGAACCCGAUUUCCUGGAUGCGUGGUGUUAAAGUGUCUGGUUGGGACGUUGAAACCCUUGGUGACGAAAUCACUCAUGUUGGCGAGCGGUUUACGAGAGUAUCUUUUGAAUCUGUCAAUGUUGCUCAAAGGAAAGCCACGAUUUCGCUUCAUGGCCCAUGGUCUCCUGAUAAUACCAGCGUAUUCCUGCGAAUUGAUAUCAAAUUCCCAAUAAACUAUCCGAAAACGGCCGCCCCAGUUUUCAACGUGCAAAAAACCUCCUCCGUAACGCCUCAGCUGGCAAAGUCCCUUACGUCUGGUUUGAAAACGGUAUCCGAAGCGUAUCUUUCAAGGGAGCGAGGUUGUCUCGAAGGAAUUCUUCGAUUUCUCCUUGGCGAGUACACACCGGAGGAGAUCGUAGCCAUGAUGCAAGAGGAAACAGGUGAGGUGCUCAAGUCACCAGGCCUCCUCGGAGAUGGUGAAUCAAGUGAUGAGGACGAAGAUGUUGGUCAUUUUCAAGGCAACGAUCUUGCUAUGAGUUCGUCUGAAUUGCUUCGUCCUGUGAACGCAAACGUCAUGGUACCAGUUGCAAGAGUAUGCAGUGCGGUUUGGUCUAAUGAUGGACGUCUAGUAUGUUUCUUUCCGCCAAAAGAAGAGAAGGUCGCCUCUUUUUUGGAUUCGAUAGGUCUCCGGGAGAUGACGAGACUUUCACGAUCCAAUCGAGUUUUCGAGGCUUUUGGGAGAUUUCAAACAAGUUCGCCCGGCCCAAAUACCAUUGCGGGCACUGGGGCCAGCAAUGGCCCUUUGACAGACGACGCUGCUUCUGAAUAUUCCGAUGGCUCAUACGAGUCUUCCAGUUCUUCGGGCUCUUCUGAUCUUCUGGGGGCUCUUCCGCAGCAUUUUGGUGUUCAACGAAUAAGUAAUCUCGCCCUAAGCCGUGCAAAAUCCACGGAUAACUCGCAAAAAUCCACUACUGGAGUUUCCAUAAUGAAACCAUCAAACAGCAAGCGUUAUAAUACCAUUUGUAUCCACAAUCUCACGGAUAUUCUCCCCGCCAAAUACGAUUUAGCUGAGCGAUAUAUCACACACGGAAAUACUUCUGAAGUCUGUACACAUAAUAUGGCGGUUGCGGCAAGUUUCGGGAAUGCGGAACUUGCUCGUACCUGGGGGCUCUUAAAAAUGCUGCUAGCGGAGCAGUACUAUGUCGAUAAUAUCUCCUUGCCGAACAAUGCGUUUCAACCGGCUCGUCAAGCAGUGAACCAGGUUAAAAAGAUAGAUAGUGGUGUUGAUCUCACCCAGGAUAAUACUACGACUACCAACUGGUCAAAGGGCGACAUUUGGGGAAACCACCCUUUUGGAGCUCGCUGGUUUCUCCCCGCCUUGUUUGAUCACUUUGAACGACUUGGAGAUGUUCAAAUGUUAGGAAUGUUGACAUGCCUUCUAAUGGAUCCGGUAUCUGGAGGUUCCAAUUACACAACAAAUCAGCAAAACGAGAUGCUAGAAUUACAUCGAAAUCCGUCAUUUUCCGUGGAGCACAUCUCUCCGCCCCCGCAUUUGCAGAGAGGACACUCAAACUCCGGUAGCUUUUAUGUAUCACCCGUCAAAGAAACACAUCUCGUUUCAACCAGCUAUGGUUCAGCGUGCUCAUCUACCGACAUGUGGCAAUCGGGAACCCCGCCGCUUUACUCUACCGGUGCUACACCGCCUACCGCGAUGCGAAACAGCCGGCUCGAUGUGGAACGAAAGUCGCAAAAGCUUGCUAUCCCGAUAUCUAGUUCCCCUAAUCAGUCUUCCGAUCCUCGAAACCUAAACGUUGGGCCUACUCUUGCAUCUUCCCUAUCUCGAUCCUUACCUAAUGAGCCGUUGACUGGCUCUUCGCCUUUAGGUGGCAUCGAGAAAAAUAAGCCUAGUCCCGCUGGCAGUCUGGCUACUAGCGGAUGGCAGGGAAACGCACCUGCUGGUAAAAUACCGUCCGCAAUACCCGACUACAUGCAUGCUUCUACUGCACCUCCAUCUCAAGCCCCUUCGGAUACUGAAGUUGAAACUUGGACCUCUUCAAAGUCUAUUAGGUCCGCAGAAAAGUUAUCAACGAAGUCGAAAUUCUUAACGAAGUCCCCGAAAGAUAUACAGGUGGUCUUCAAACACCGGGGAGAAUUUGACGAUGAUGAUUCAAGCCAUGCUUCGCUAAUGACUCAUGGGCGCAUGUCAACCUUGCUCGCAUAUCGUGCUGCAUAUGCAAAUCUGCUUUUCGCUUGGAAUUUGCCAAUCGCUGCAAGAGAAAUACUUGGAGUGGCCUGUGACGAUAAACAUUUACUAUUGGGUCAAUCAAAUCUUCGCGAUUCUGAGGUGUCCUUUCACCUAAAUCCCCGAGUCGUGGGCCAGGUGGCAGGAUUGGAGUUACAGCAGCAUUGCUUCGCCUGCGGUUCUCCGCUGCACAUAUCUAUAUUCGCUAGAUCAGAGCCCAAAAAGCUCACAACAAGAAACAAGAGGUCAACUGACCGGCCAAGCCUGAAGUGCACUGAAUGCAACGCGGGGCCACAAAAAAGACUACUUUGCACAAUCUGUGGCAGGAUGAUGGAUGCCGCAUUUGUACCCGACUUAAUUUGUGGGCAUGUCAGUUGUCAUACCUGCCAUGAGCAGUGGCUUACUUUCGAUGAGAAUUGUCAUGACAGCAUGAUGUUAACCUGCCCCGCUACCUGUGAAUGCUUACCCUCGUCCCGUGAGGCGUCGAAUUUAUCAGUGACAGCCGAAUCCCAGGAUGAAGCCACUUGGGAUAAUAGCAGUCAAUUAACGCACAGAAGUAUGAUUGACUUGCAAACCCAGUGCCGCAAACGGCUUCCGAAGCAGUUAAGCACCUAUAAGCGGCAGCGAUCUACUAAGCAAUCUAAAACUAAAGCCUUACUUCGACUUUUGAUCAGUGUCCAAAAUGCUUCCAAGAAGGUCCGUCUAAAGAAUAUUUUAGUGCGAUGA